AUGCCACGGCCAAUUCGCAUCGCCAACUGCUCCGGCGCCCUCACCGACCCUGGGGUUCACAUGUACAACCAGGCCAAGUAUGGACAGGUAGAUGUAAUAACGGGCGACUAUCUAGCCGAGGCAAACUUGGCCGAGAGCACCCUGAAAAACGCGCCCCAUGCAUGGGUCAAUACGGCUUAUGAAGGGAUAAGAAUGUCGCUGGACGUCAUCAAUGAGAAAAAGAUCAAAGUAAUCGUCAAUGGAGGUGCCCUGGAUCCAAAGGGCCUAGCAGAGGAGAUAGACAAGCUCCAAUCAAAUCACAAGGUCAAAGAGAAACGUCUCGAUCUCACGAUAGCCUACGUUCAGGGCGACGAUCUCAUGCACAAAGUCCAUAAAUUGCUAAAACCGUCAUCCACCUCUUCAUCAUCCUCGGACAAAGACAGCUCACCUGCCUUGCAUCACUUGGACCACGACAACCUAUCCGUCACUCUCGACCAGUCCGCCCUCUCGUUCCUCCAACACCCAGAUACCAUGCCCAUAGUCUCCGCAAACGCCUAUCUCGGCUACCGGGCCAUCAAGCACGGGCUCAACCAGGGCGCCGACAUCAUCAUCUGCGGCCGUGUCGCCGACGCCUCCCCCGUCAUCGCCGCCGCCGCAUGGUGGCACGCCUGGGCUCCAACCGACUACGACCGCCUCGCCGCCGCGCUGGUGGGCGGCCACUUAAUCGAGUGCUCUACGUACGUCACGGGCGGCAACUUCUCCGGCGCGUAUAGGUACCCUGCCGAGGCGUUUGUCAAUCUGGGCCUCCCGAUCGUGGAGGUUGCCGGGGACGGGGUGUGCGUGGUGACCAAGGCCGAGGGGACGGGGGGGCUUGUGACGGCGGACACGGUCAAGUGCCAGUUCCUAUAUGAGCUGCAGGGAGAUGUAUACCUCAACAGCGACGUCAAGGCGGACGUGUCGGGCGUCAAGGUGGAGGAGGUGGCAAAGGAUCGCGUGCAUGUUGAGGGAGUGAAGGGAUUCCCGCCGCCGCCCACGACGAAGCUUGCCGUCUUCUACCGGGGCGGGUACCAGAACGAGCUUCUUUUGAACGCGUCCGGGUAUGCGACAUCACAUAAAUGGGAGGUCCAGGAGCUGCAGAUCAGAGAGAAGCUGAGGGAGUGGCAGGUGCUGGACAAGCUGGACGUGCUCGACUUCCAGAGAGUGGGCGUGCCGAUGGAGAAUCCAGACAGCCAGCUGGCGUCGACGACGUAUAUGCGCAUCUUUGCACAGUCCAGAGAUAAGAAGGUGGUUUCCAUGGUUGCUGCCGCUUGGAAUUUCACAUUCAUGACGCAUUUUGCUGGGAUGCACGGCUCGCUGGAUUGGCGCACUGCAGCUCCGAAGCCAUUCUUAGCAUACUACCCAGCCAUUGUCCCGCAGACUGAGAUUGAAGAGUCGAUCUCCAUCAUCCGGCCGGAAGGGAUAGACAGAAGUGUUGUCGGCCCUCCGGUUGUCACAGAGCGACUCCUGGCCAGGGCAAACUACGAGACUGCUCAGCCCGUCCCUCUCGACUCGUUCGGCCCUACCAUCUCACGCCCUCUGGGUGACAUAGCCCUGGGAAGAUCAGGAGACAAAGGAGCAAACGUGAAUCUGGGUCUGUUCGUUGAGAAGCCUGAGCAAUGGGACUGGCUGCGGUCCUUCAUGACCCGUCAGAGGCUCAAGCAGAUGAUGGGGCGCGACUGGAGGGAUCGGUAUUUCAUCGAGCGUGUGGAGAUGCCAAACAUCUAUGCAGUUCACUUUGUUGUUUACGGGCCUCUCGGGAGGGGUGUGAGCAGCUCAAAGCUCCUUGAUUGCCUGGGGAAGGGGUUUGCAGAGUACAUCAGGGCGGUUCACGUGCCCAUACCGACCAAGUUUCUUCCACGGGCUCAGCAGGCGAAGCUGUGA